CGAAUAACAAACGUGUCUCGACUGAUAAGUAGCUAACGAUAGUCAACGUAGAAGCAAAGAACGUGACAAGGUAUUAGAUCAAGCUCGAGAAAAAUUUGAAAGCUUACAGAAUGCCGGACAUAUCCAGUCUAUCUCAUUACCCUUUAAAGGUGUCGAAAGAGGAAAGAAUGAUAUUCAAAGCAACCGCGUAGCGACAGUGGCGCGAAUCAGUGGAAAAAGAGUGGCGCCACUGAUGAACUAUAAGAGCCGCAUCGGUGAGGCGGCGUGGUUCAGUAGUGUGCGUGACCGUUCCGGGAGGAGGGUGACUCCACGCGCGGCCACACCGCGAAACCGUGCCCCACUCGCCUCAACCACGAACGUCCACUCGUUUUCUCGUCUCGUGAAAACAUGGCGGCCAGCGACGACGAGCCGAUGCAUCUCUACGAGGUCUUUCAAAACUGCUUCAAUAAGAUCGCCAACAAGCAUCCUGAAAAAUUAGGCUUCCAGUCGCCGUAUGGCCCCACGAUGGACAAUGGGAUGACGUAUGGUGGAGGAACGUUUGGUCCAACGGCAGGAGGGCCAGGCGGGGGGCCAGGGGGAGGUGGAGGUGGUGGCGGAGGCGGGGGUGGCGGGGGUGGUGGUGGAAAUAGCGGAGGCGGUGGAGGUGUCGAGGGCGCCACUUACCCCCCGGACUCCCCGUACUUUCCGUUUGGGAGCCGAGGCGUACCGCCCUCCGUGGGGACGCCUACCCCCGCUGCUAACCCUGCAGCACCUACCGGCAGCAACGGAGCACGGCUACCAAAUUCGACAGCCGGUGCCGCAGCCGUAAAAAGGAAGAAAGACGCCCUCGAUGGAGCGGAUGGCGAAGUCGUGACAACGCAGCACUGGUAUGGCUCGGAUGAAUUCGGUCAGGACUCUCCACGAUACACCUCCCCUAAGGCUGCGACCCUCUACGCAGAUCCUUAUUAUAUCGAUGGGAACGCUGCAGGAACGGGUCCCGGAGAUCCAUGGACGGGAGGUGGCGGCGGUGUCCAACCUCCGUAUAGCGGCUACGCACCCCCUCACCUGGCCCAACCAGCCUAUCCCAUGCACCUACCCCACGACCCCAUGGCAUACUCGGCCAUGUCACCGAACGGAGAACCGGCAGCGCCAAUUCUGGGCUCGGCGGUGACCAGUGCGGCCUCGCUGCCACCAAUGUCGACAUUCCGGGGUAGCGGCGCAGUUGCGGCAAAUAGUGGAACCGGUGCACCAUCCCCGGCAUCGUUGCAAUAUAGUCAUAGUCCUGGUGCACCGACUACCGCACCCUCCGCCCCCAACUCUGCACCCACGACGAACCGACAACCUGCUACGGGGGACAACCUCGGCAUUUCUAUCUCGCAGAUUAACCCCACGAACCAAUCAGUAUCGAGUUAUAGCAGCAACCCAUCCACACCAGUCAGUUCGCCACCACCCUUGACUGGUUCGGCGCCAGGUUGGGUACCAGGUGCUGCACCAGUAUCUCCACAUUUCACGGCGGAUCCCAACCGUGGAACCAUUCACAUGCCGGCGCCUGAACAGCAGAGGCUAGACGAUGCCAUCGGCUUUCUUCGCGACCAUGCCGAGUUGGUACAGGGUACGCGGAUGGAGGAACGACUGGACGAUGCCAUAAACGUGUUGAGGAAUCACGCGGAGAGCCAAUUAGGUCUUCAUUUGGGUCCCGUUGCUCCACACGGUUCCAUCUAUUCCCACACAUCACCACCUCAACUAGACCAUUUGACGAGUCCUCAUCCUGCGGUAACAGUAACGCAACCUCAGGGCUCCUACUCUGGUCUGACACCCACACCCGACACAGACGGUUCCAUCAAAAUUGAAAGGUUACCUGUGACGAAUGCCAAAUACGUCUCUUUAGAAAAGAGAAAGGACCCGCCGGAUAGUAGCGGCGGCGAGACAAAACCUUCGAGCAGCGAGCUUGCAGCAGCGGGUGUGAUCUCUACGUCUCAAGGAAAAGGGACGAAGAGAUCGCGUAGAUAUUGUUCGAGCGCGAGGAAAAACCGGGUCGAAUCGAAAUCGAUCGGUACGAGGCUCGUGGAAAAAUGGUACGAAAGAUCGGAGCUCGGAGAAGCUCGGAGAACCUCGGCGGCCUGUCGAUCGAAAUUGGCGUAGGGGGGGAAAACAAAUCUUUUCGAUGAAAUUCCGAGGACGAAUUCUGAAAAAGAAAUGGGCCAGUGGGACCGUAUACUGGAAAAAUAUCCGCGUUGUUGACAAAAGCAAGUAGCCUCUUUUCGUUGUAUCAAAAGUCGGCCAAAGUCCGAUCGAUCCUUGUAUAAGCAAAAACGACACACUUUCAAAAUCCUAGAAAAUGGAUGUACGGUGCGAAUGAAUAUUUCGAAAGCUUCGAUGAUAAAAAUUGUUAUUGCUCAUUCGUAUUUUACUUUCUUUUUUUAUUCUGCAAAAUGCCUGCCCAUCCACGCUUUUCAGCCAGGAACACUAGGCGGAUCCUCGUUCGCGUUUUAAAUAUCAUCCACGAGUUGCGUCGAUUCUCUCUUUCUCCUUUUGAGACGGACAACGACAGUUCCUAUUUCGCUGGUAAAAAGGGACAAUAAAACGCGACACGAAGGUCUGCCACACUGUUCCAGCAUUUUGAUACCGCGAUUAAUCCACUACUAUUAUUAUUAUUAUUAUUAUUAUCAUCGCUAUUAUUACCGCUAUUAUUAUUAUAAUUAUCGCUAUUAUUACCGCUACUAGUUUAUAACGAUUAGUUGAUUAUAACGAAAAAAUUGCUAAAGGGCAAUUGGAGGCGUAUUUUUUAGAGAGAAACGAGAAAGAGAGCGCGAGCUCGGUUCAAGUUCGCUCGAAUCAUCCAAGCCAUAAAUGUUACACUCACUGUCGAUCGAUUACAAUCUUGAAAGAAAAACGAAAAAGAAAAAAAAAAGAAAAAAAACAUUAAAAUGAAAGAAGCGAAUCGACGAAGAAUCGGUAGCAAAAGAAUAGUAGUCAUGUUUCGAGAUUCUCCUUUUUUUUCUCUUUAGUUUUCCUUAUUACGUUUUUUUAUACCAACAUACAUAUACAAAUGCAUACUUGUAUGUAUACACGAACACACGCAUAUAUAUUUAUGUUAUAUAUAUAUAUAUAUAUAUAAAAAGAAGGAGAGAGAGAGAGAAAAAGAGUUAUACUCGUUAAAUAUUAUAUGUUAUUUGUAGUAGACUUAUUAUUUAUACAUGAAGGAAGCCGGUACGUAAAAGUUGUACGUAGGGUGUAGAAGGAACGCGUUUUAAACAAUCAAAUUCUCAGUCUUUCUCGCUGUUUUAUUCGUAAUUAACUCGUAAUUAAUUCGCAAAACAGUUGGAAUUACGUAAAUGCGAAGAAAAAUUGAGUAGAAAAUUCAUCUUGAUUUCCAUGUCUUCCCUUUAAUUUUAACGAUUUUUCAUUUUAACGCGUAGCAUCGCGCACGACUGAGAAUUAUAUGCCACUGGCAACUCGCGUCGUUUGUUAAGCUUUAUUUCUAUUAUUUUUUAGCGUGAAAAGAAAUCCUCGCUUUGUCCUUUUCUUCUACUUUUUUUUUUUUUCUUCUUUAAAGAAUAAUCACGCGCGUUAGUCGAUCGAGGAGUUGGACAAAAAAUACAUUAUCACGUGCGUUAUACGUUCCUUUUUGUCUCUUUUAUGUAUAUCGUACAUAUUGUCCUCGUUGGAGUUCGAAGAGUACCGGGAGAAAACGAAACAGCAUUUCGAAGCGUAGCAUCUCGAUUUUCAUUCUUCUCUUUGGAAAACUAAAAAUAAUCAGCAGCGUUUUGCGUCGAUUCAACUUUCGUCAAUCGAGUCUCAGUGUCCUGAAUCGGGAGAUAGCACAAAAAACAUUCUCGUUUACGUAAAACUUUUUAAUUCAUCCUCAAACGAGAACACUGACAUUCGAUCGUUUUAUUCAUUCGAACGGUAAGCAUUCUCCUGCGUACUUUUCAACUGCACUUUGCGACGUUUUUAUUCACCGAUCGUCGUGUACGUACGAACCGAGGGACAGAUCGUAUCGUUGCAUCUGAUCUCUAUUCGAGUUCCUAUUUUGAGGUGCAGUAGAAGAAAGAAAGAAAGAAAGAAAGAAAGAAAGAAAGAAAGAGAGAGAGAAUACAGAAUACACGAAAUACGGGAGGAAAGGGGGAUUUAGGACAAACUAGCGUCAAAAUUAUCAUUAAAGGAAAGUGAAGGUUAAAGAUCGGUGAAUACAAACACCGCGUCGAGUUAUGUUUGCUAGUCAGAAUUGGUUAAAACGAAGAAUGGAGCAACAAACUAGAGAGUUUACGAUUAGUUACUACAUAUUGAUUCGUCGUUUUAUCGUGUAAUUAGUGGUUUAGUGACACGGCUCCGAUGAUUCUCGAGCCAUACGCGUCCUUAAAGCUUAAAGUAAGAACAGAACGAAACGUACACGCACACUCGCGUCAAGCGUAUACAAAACUACGGUUCUUUAGUUACUAUUCGCGUAGAAAUGGCGUGCCGAGUCGCCGGCUUUAUUAACAAAAAUUUGUUACAAUUUAUUGUUCGUACACAUCAAGUUUAUUUAGACAGUAAUUUCGUCUAUUUUGUAUCCAAUUUAAUAAGUUUCUUUAUUUUUUCUUCUUCUUUUUAGUUCUUCUAUCUCUAGCGUUGUUCUGACUAUUGUAACCGGUGUUACUGCUGCUACUACUACUAUUGCUAUUACUACUACUACUACUACUACUACUAUUAUUUUUAUUAUUAUUAUUAUUAUUAUUAUUAUUAUUAUUUUUAUUAUUAUUAAUAUCGUCGUCAUCAUUAUCAUUGUCAUCAUCAUCAUCAUCAUCAUCAUCAUCAUCAUUAUUAUUAUUACUACUACUACCACCACCAACACCAUCACUACUACCGCUACUACUACUACUACCUACUACUACUACUACCACUACUACUACUACUACUACUACUACUAUCACUACUACUACUACUAUUACUAUUACUAUUACUAUUGCUACUACUGCUACUACCGUGACCGUUAGGAGACACAUUAGUUUAACGUUUCUAUUGCUUUUGAUUUUCGUAGAUACUAUUAGUUAUCUAUUAUUACCGUAAUUACGUCUAAUUUAAUUAUUACUUAUUGUCACCAACACCGUCAUCAUCACGAUAUCACGCACCCAAUGCACAUCGGCACCAUCAUUGUAAAUCACGUCAAGUUAAAAACGUCCACUUGUUUUCCUUGCAGUUCGAUCAUCGUUAUUUACUUUUUCCUUUUCCUUAGAUCAAUUUAUCUCGUGAAUGUGGUUCCUUAACGUCGAGGUUCGCUGUCGACGGUCCGACGAGAACUUUUGCUCCCACGUGAAAUGGGAUGAAUAGCGAUUGACAAAUCUCUGAAAUACGCUGACGAUUGUCACACGAAAUUUAGGACAUGUGCGUUUAUUAAAUAUUAUCGUUACCUACUGUUCCGUCGACGAAACGUUGGAAGUGCAGAUUCCACCGAUAGACAAUCUUCUUCGCAUUUUUUGACAUUUCGUCAAAUCCAAGGCGACGUAGCAAAUGACAGAUCGUUCCAAGCUACGCUGGUUUGUCCGUCGUUGACCAGAAAGAUCGCACUUCCAAUUGCUUCCAGCCCCUAUCAGUUAUCGCUAAAAAUUAACAUUAGUUACAGCUAUUGCUAUUAUUACCACUAUUAUUAGUUAUCGCCAUCGAUUCUUGAUGCGAGCCUACCGUCGAUCGGCGAGCGAGGUAACCGUUUCGAUCGCUUCUCGUCUCUUUUCGCGAAACUGUGUACGCGCUGUCCUGACGCGACUGCGAAUGAUCGAAUAUGCAGGCUGGAAAAAAUUGACCGAUCGAUCGAUCGAUCGAGUGCAACUCGAGAAGAGUCGAGUCGAGGUUCGGACAGCGCUGACUCGAAAACUAGCGACCAGUCGAGACGAGAAGGAGAACGUGCGAUUAAGAGUAUUGCGAAGAAUGGUUGACAUCCAGAGUGCGAUAACGAGCUAAAAAACACAAAAUUUCUGUGCGAUCCAGAACGACGUCGUCGAAUACGCGCCCAUGUUUCACGCGUCGGCGUUUACUUCGACGCCGUUGUCGUUGGAAACGCGUACAACACGUUCGAAACAGCCGUAUAUACAUGAAUCCUCGAAGCGCCGCGUACGUAGUUGAGCAGCGUUUAGAAUUUCGAAUUUCGGAAAUGGUCGACGCGCAAAAAAGAAAAGAAAAGAAUAGAAAAAAAUAUUAAAUCUAGGUGAUAUAUCCUGAAAAGGGAGAGCGAAAAAUGAUAGAAGAUAGCGAGAUAGAAGAGAGGGAGCGAGAGAGAGAAAAAAGAAAACAGGGGAAUAGCGAGAAGCGUAAAAAGGUGAAAACCGUACGUUGAACACGAUAAUAAUUCAGCAGUCUCUUUCGGUUACGAGCAAGUUCCGCAUUGUGUAGGAUUUCUCAUAAAUGGUUCUAUAUGUAUGAUGAUACAUGUGAUGCAAUAUCUAGGAGAAAGAGCAACGUUUUCGAUGAUUGCGAGAAACGAUGAGAUGAACAAAGGGAAAAUUUUUGAAAUCGCGAGAGCCUUUUUGCGUAACACGAAGCAAAAACAAAUAGAUAUCUGUCUAGGAUCGAGCAAUUGUUCUUUUUCCUUCUUUACGGAUCGUUAUUAUUCGUCAACGAGUGCUUCCGUGCGACGGAACAACUUCCGGGCACACGCGGAAGAACUUUUUUCUUCGCGGAAGAAAAUUGGAAAUUCAACUUUUUUCCCCGCGCCAUUCACGUCAUCCUUUGUGACGUUCGCGGGCAGUGUUCGAUGAGAUCAGCUACUGUGGUAUCGGGAAUCGAACAAUUGGUGGCCAAUUUAUCCAAGCGAUUGGACCAUCGAGUCCGACCAAUGAAAGGAUAGAUGGACGACGAUUGGCGAAAGGGAACGUUUCUAGAGAUGAUCUUCCGUUCGAUUCAACGUUCGCGUCGUUUUUACCGAUACGCGACUUUGUCUUUUUGAUCGCGUAAAAAUUCCUACUCUUCGACCGAAGAUCGUUUCUUGCAAACUCGUAUCAAACAUUUGUUUCGAGUAUCGUUUGUACUCGACGGAAUUCUGUUUCAUCGUAGUUUCUCCUUUAAAAUAGAACUCUGAUGGUAAAAGAAAUUCGACGGCUGUCUCUCGAAACCGCGUAAAAAGACGCUUAAAUUUAAUUUUGAUACUUGGGGCGACAGAAAGAAAGAAGCUAUCUGAAACAGGACUUCCGUUUCUUAAUUAGACAUAUCAAAACCAUGUAACUUGACGCCAUUGCGAAACAAACAAAAGAGAAAGGAAUAUAUUAUUUUCGACGACGACGAUUUAGCAAUAAGAGAAUGUGCAACUCUUGAAAAGUAUGAGAAAGCGUCAAAUCCAUGUGCAGUGUUUCAGAUACUUGCAAGUAGAUACCAUUGAACACUGCAAAUUAAUGUUUCGCGAGUUAUAGUGUAAAUGCGAAUGCAGAAAGCAAACAAAUGUUAUGUAUAAAGCGUCUUUCGGGCUUCCUAUUAAAAAAAAAAAAAAAAAGUAUAAAGCAUACCAGUUCGUUUCGACAAAGUUCCACGGGACGACGAGGUCGAUACCGCGUCAUAACAGUUUUAUUAUCCCAAUACAAGAUUCACGAUUCACGAUUCACGAUUCACGUUCGCGGUUUAUGGUUCAGGGUUCAGGAUUCAGGGUUCAGGCUUCAGGAUUCAGGGUUCAGGCUUCAGGAUUCAGGGUUCAGGGUUCAGGGUUCAACGUUCAGGGUUCAGGGUUCAACGUUCAGCGUUCACGGUACACGAUUCACGAUUCUGGAAUCGCCAAGCCGAUCGUUGCAGUUGGCGUAGCACGAAAUUCUUUCUACGCAAAAUAAAAAGGUGCAAAAGUGUGCGAAGCAGAAAGAAAUAAUCGAAAUGCGAUGAAAAUUGUGCAAAGUCGUGAAACUUUUGUUCGGACGAGCUUGUAUGCGAGAGCUGAGUCGGAAUUAAAGCCGUUCGAAAAUCGAGUUUCCAGACACUUGAGAACAAACUUGACGUCAUAAUCGAACGACUGUAAAUAUACUAUAACGUGAGGUAGAUUAGAAAAUUAAGCGCGUAUUUCACGGUGAAAUUUUGUUCUGGUUGCGAGCGCCGUUGGAAGCUCGUCGAUUCCGGAAGCACGCGAUUGGCCAGCCUAAAAUUUCAUGUGUUUCGAAAUCGAAGGCGAAAAAAGGCUGAUGUAUCGCGAGAGCGAUUAUCGCUGAAAUUUCUGUAUGAAAGGAUACCGAGGUCUGAGUGUGGAAGAAAAAAAUUAACGAGAGCAUGGAAAGACGAGUGCGAAGCUGCGUUGACGAGAGAAUCGUGCGUGCGAAUGCUUUCAAAGGAUGAACGAACGACGACGAGAGAAUGAAAAGGAGAGAACGUGUACGAAUGGUAGAGUGACAAUUAAACAAAAUUUUACUACCAAGUGGACUAGAAUCGCAACCGAUGGGCAUUAUUAAGCGAAAAUGAAAUUUUCGGAGCGUUUUUUCGACGAAGAAAAGCGUCCAAAAUUGUACCUAUUUUCAUUUUAUAAAUUAUAUAUAUAUAUAUGUAUAUGUAUAUGUAUAUGUAUAUGUAUAUGUAUAGAUAUACGACGACCUAAACGAUCAUUAUCGUGAGAUGUAACGCGAGAGAAAGGCGGAAACAAGUUGAAGAGGAUGAAGAAGACGGAGAAGAAACAAAUUAUUGUAUCUAUAUUCGGAGGUGAUCGAUGAUGUAUUCGAGUCGUGAUUAUUAUUAUUAUUAUUAUUAUUAUAUAUUAUGAUUAUUGUGUAUAGUUAAGGCGAAAGUGGAAUUUUAGACGAAAUUAUCGAACUCGAAGUAUAUAGGGAGCGCAAAUAGUGAGAGAAAGCGAGAGAAAGAGAGAGAAUGCGAGAGUUGAGAGAAAAACAUUUUUUUUGACGGUGAUUGCACACUGUAAUGUCGGCAAAGCAAAAAAGUCCCCCUCCCCUCGAGCGAAGACGAGCGAAAACGAGCGAAAACGAAACGAAAGGAAAAGAAAAAGGAAAAAGAAAAAAAAGAGCACACGUCACGGCCAAACGAAAGGAAGGAGAAAGAGGAAAGGUAGAGAGCACAUGCGUAAAACAAAAUUCAUAGAAAAUACACACAUUUCGAGAUACCAACGAAUAAUAGAAGAAACAAUAGCAGGCAAUAGUUUGGGUUCGCUGCCAUCAUUUUCUUUACUUCCGGUUUUCAAAGCACAGGAAACUUUUGGUAGAAAACGACUCAAUCCUCGUUUCUUUUGUACGACGACCAAAACAGAGAAGAAAUAGUCCGUGAUAUAACGAAACAUUAUAUAUCUAUAUAUAGAGAUAUACAUAUAUGUAUGUAUGUACGCACGCAUACGUACAACCAGUGCAACAAACGAAACAAAAAAGAAAGAAACGCGAACGCGUACGCGAUGUGCUUCCUCGUUCGUGACAAUGUAGCCCGAUCAAACAACUUCCAUUUCCGACGAAAUCCCCACGCCCUAAUUCUCAACCUAACCCCCGGUUUUUAUUUCCACACCUUUUUCUCCUCUAGACCACGAGACGGAAACACACCCAACGAGCACAUAAAACAUUCGAAAUCGCAAAGGGGCACAUUGUCGCGUUCCAGGAUGAGCAGAGGAGGAGAGGCGACAGAGGUAAAAAAUGAAAAAAGAAAAAAAAGAGAAAAAAAUAACAGAGCUCGAUAAAACGCGUAGGACGAGCGCGAUACGAGAAGUCGCGGAAACGAGGCAGUAUACUUUGCCGAUCGCAGCCAUCCUUCGAUCGAACAACUUUGGUUUCCCCUCGCGAUCGUAGGCGACUGUUAUCGACUUUCGACGCUCUCGGCACCCGCGGAAAUGUCCCUCGGUCGACGAAUUUUCACACCAUUUUUCACGCGGUUCGUCCAAUUUUCGUCCAAUUUUCGUCCAACUUUCGUCCAACUUUCGUCAAAUAAAAAUCGUAUCUGUCGACUUUUCUGACAAUCCUGUCCAAUUCCUUUCGAACAAUGAAUCGAAGCAAACACUGCAAAAGAUCGGAUAUAAAAUUGGCAAAACAAAAAGACAGAACAAAGUAGAUCCGUUGACCGGUGGGGCCUAAAUUUUAUAGCGCCUUCUGUUUUCACCGCAGCAUAAUCCAUUUUCCUCGUGAGCGUUCCCGAUUGAUUAAUUCGCGACACCUUAACACGCCUCCUUUUCCCGAAUCCUUUUCCCAACACCCGUACGUCAUCCACACCCAACCCCCACCUUUGUACCUUACCUUCCCUACCUCUCCCCCCCCCCUACGCACUCCUCACUGAUAAUCUUCCACCAACUGCACACCCCCUCACAUUACCACCCUAGUCCCUCCACUAGCAAACCGAUUAACCAAUGUGAGUGAAUGUGUCAACACGUGCUACAAGGGAAAAUAGCGGAUUUCAAAGAGGAUAAAGGCGGAAAAAGCAAAAGUAAUAUCAUAGAGAAAGCGUCGAGCAAACACACUACGACUCGGAGGAAGAAAAAAAUCGAUCGAUCGGAAAAACGUACACACACACACAUUCGUCGGACUGUGUAGGGACAUUUUGCAUCAAUUGUGUAAACACGAGACAGAGGGAGAAAGUGUGCGUGUGUGUGAGAGAAAGAAAACUCAAAAAAAAAAAAAAAUGCGUCGAGAGAGAGAGAGAAUGCGCGUGUGGAAGAGCGAGAGCGAGAGGUAAGAAGAGACUAAAAAAAAUGAAAAAAGCGCGAGCGAGAAGAGUAAGACGACGGAAGCUAAGAGAUAAAAAAAAACAAAAUGUACGAACAAACAAUUGAUACUGUCUUCGUUUUUUAAGGUCGUUUCUCCGUUCGACACGCUACUAUAUGACUAUUGACAUUUGUCAUUGGAUUAUUACCGACGACGAUGAAUUGUCAUUAUUAUCACGAAACUAUUGCUAUUAUUAUUGUGACGAAUGAUUAUUAUUAUUAUUAUUAUUAUUAUUAUUAACAUUUAUUAUUGACAUUAUUAUCACGAUUUAUUAUUGCGAUGAUGAUUAUUGCGAUUAUUACUAUUGUCAUUAUUAUUAUUACUAUUAUUAUUAUUAUUAUUAUUAUUAUUAAUUAUUACGAUUAUUAAUUAUUACGACUAUUAUUAUUAUUAUUAUUAUUAUUAUUAUUAUUAUUACGUGGUACAAUAAAAAUUUAAUAAGCAUCCGA